UUUGUACAGUGAAAGAUCAUCGAAAUACAUUGACUUUAAUGGUAUCAGAGCCAUAAAGUCUUAACCCUAAAGAAAUUCUGUAGCUCCUUUGCCCCUUUGCUUCGUCGCCCCUGUUCUGGUUUCACCAGAAUAAUUUUUUUUUCCUCCUUUCCUUCCCCUUGUUUCACUCAUGGGCGACAACAACCACACCCCAGCCACGGCUGAACCGAAACAACUUCACCCGGUGUACUCCGUUGCCAAUAUCCAGAACAAAAUUCGGGUGCUUGAUGGGGUGAAAGUCACCUACUCUGCUUGGGUUAAGCUCUUUAAGCUCCACGCCAAGGGAUACCGCGUUCUGAAUCACAUCGAUGGCACCGCUGGACCCGCAAAAGCUGACCCGACUUACGAGUCUUGGGUAGAGAUCGAUGCCAUAGUCCUACAAUGGAUCUAUGGCACUCUUUCUGAUGAUCUCUUGGUUCGAAUUUUGGAUGCUGAUUCCACCGCUAGAUCUGCGUGGGAGAAGAUUCAAGCCAUCUUCAUCAGUAACAAAAGUUCUCGUGCGGCAACUCUUGAACACGAGUUUACCAAUCUUACUUUGGCAUCAUGUGCCUCCAUGGAUGAAUACUGCCAGCGUCUCAAAGAUCUGGCGGAACAGUUAGGAGACGUUGAUCACCCGGUUAACGAGUCACGACUCGUGUUGCAAUUGGUUCGUGGUUUGCCGCCGGAAUUUGACACGGUUGCAUCCCUCAUCAACCAAUCUGUGACUACUUGGGAUAACGCUCGAAACAUGAUCCAGUUGGAACAACAGCGUCAAAAUGCUCGUCAAAACACUGCUCAAUCGGUUCUGGUUGCAUCCCGCAAUGGGCCUUCGGAUCCGAACUCAGGUAAUAUUCCUAUUGAACCAGUAGGAAAUCGGGAUGUCUAUGGGAGACAACAGACUCGAGGGCGUGGCAGGGGACGCCAUCGAGGUGGUCGUAACAACCGGGGAGGCAGAACUGCAUACGCCUCAUCGUCUGCUGCUCAGCAAACUCAAUCGGGUUAUGGCAGUGGCUAUCCUCCACAUCAGAACUGGGCCGGCCCACAAUACCAACAGUGGGCUCCACCACCUUGUCCACACCCUACCCAGCCCACAUCAUGGGCCACUCCUUGGAACAACAAAUCGGCCCAACCUCCUGCUACUUAUACCCAGCCGACGGUAAACAUGGCUGGGCCACCGGGUUUCCCGCCUCCUCCAGGAUCUGUUCCAGGACAUGUUGAUGCGCUAAACCCUACUGAACUUGGGGCUGCACUGAACACUAUGCACCUCCAACCUCCAGACCAAGCAUGGAAUAUGGAUACUGGCGCUUCCGGUCAUCUCACUAAUGACCCGGGAUCUCAAGACUGGCAGGGCUCUUUCCCGGCACAAUAGUUCGGGGGACUUGUAUCCAUUCACGUCUCCUAAUCAAGCUACAUCGUCCUGUUUUCUCGCUUCAUCCACAAAUUGGCACAAUAGACUCGGACAUCCGGGCGUGCAAGUUUUAGAUUUAUUGUCAAGUCGUUCCUUUAUUUCAUGUAAUAAAGACAAAACUAAUGGUCUUUGUCAUUCAUGCCAAAUUUCCAAUAGUAAACGUCUACCGUUUUUUGAUUCGAAUUCUAUGACAUUAGCACCAUUUGAUAUCA